UGUGGUCGGGAUGCAUGGCCAAGCACAGGGCAUGCGUAAGCGUGCACAUAUGUGUACACACGUGCACAGGUACACACAUACACACACAGAUGCACACACACGUACAAACACGCAGACACAAAGACGGACAUGUGGACAAACGCACACUAUGCAGAUGGCGCACACGUACACGCACAGGCACACACAUGCGUACAAACACGUAUGCAGAUGGAUAGUGUAUGUGCACAUGCACAUACAAGUACACACAUGCACACUGCAAGGUGGACAGUGCACACACGUGUGCACAUACACACACUAAAGGGAGAGACACACACUAAAGGGAGGGGAAACUGAGAGGUUUGGGAUCCAGGGCCUGCCCCCCGCCACCAGGAAUACAGGCGACCCUACAAUAAUGUCCCGCCCCCCCAACCCCCGCAGGGCGAGGCCCAAGAGUUGCCAUGGAGCAGGGAGCGCUGCCGAUAGGCGGAACGGCCUGUCCAUCAGUCCCGUCCCCGCGCCGAUAGGUAGGAAGGGCUGGUGGGGGGGGGCGCAGCGGGUGCCAUGGCAACGAGCGGCUCCCCCAUAGCCUGGAGAGCCUGGGCCGGAGGGCGGCUGUGAUUGGUCGUCCGGCUCGGCAGUCAGCGUGAACGGCCGGCGGGAAGGACUGUUACCCCACCUCCUCCCCCGUCGGCUCCUGCUGCGCUCUGAUUGGCUGAGAGCGCGGUCAGUCAGCGAGACCGCUUCCGGGUUCCUUUACGUCAGCGCCACUCUGCGCGGCUAUUGGCGGAGCGGUGGGCGGGGCCGCCCGGUUGCCAGGGUCGGCGGGGGAAGGCGCGCGGCGCCGCCGCCAUGGCGGGAGGGACGAACGCGGCCCCCGCGCGGCGCCUCCUGGUGGCAAUGCUGCUGCUAUCGCCGCUGCUGGGCCACGCAGCAGCCGCGCCGGGGGCCGUGAUCCCGCUGCAGGAAGGCCGCCCCCACCACAACAACGUCUCUCGCCAGUUCUGCUUCAACAAUGUACUGCCCCCCACCUGGCGCGACAUCUGGACCCGCAUGCAGAUCCGUGUCAACAGCACCAGGACACUGCGGGUGACACAGGCGGACAGCGAGGCAGACCUGCAGGAGCUGGAGCAAUUCAGCAUCUGGAACCUGCUCUCCUCCCUCUUCAAGGAGAAGAUAAAUGACACCUACAUCGGCCUGGACCUCUACAGCCCCCAGACCUGCCUGCGUGUGGAGCUGCCCGAGCCAGACACCACCUACAGUGUCAUCGUGCUGCGCUGGUUCGACCCCAAGCUCUUCCUAGUUUUCUUCCUGGGGCUGCUGCUGUUCUUCUGCGGGGACGUGCUGAGCAGGAGCCAGCUCUUCUACUACUCGGCCGGGAUCAGCGUGGGCCUGCUGGCCUCCCUCCUCAUCCUCAUCUACGUGGUGUCACGGGUGAUGCCAAAGAAAAGCCCCAUUUACCUCCUGCUCGUGGGCGGCUGGUCCUUCUCGCUCUACCUCAUUCAGCUGGUCUUCAAGAAUCUGCGGGAAAUCGGCAGGGGCUACUGGCAGUACGGCCUGGGCUACCUGCUGCUGGUGGGCUUGGGCAGCUUCGCUGUGUGCUACCGCUAUGGGCCGCUGGAGGACGAGCGCAGCAUCCGCCUCCUGGCCUGGGCCCUGCAGCUCCUGGGGCUGCUGCUUAUGUAUGCAGGCAUCCAGAUCCGCCCCAUGGCCCUGGCCUUCGUAGCCACCGCUGUGGGCACCAAGUACCUGGAGUACCCGCUGCAGUGGGGCUAUGCCGCCUACCGGAUGGCACGGAGAGCCGCGACCAAGCCCAGCCCACCGCGCCUGCUGACAGAGGAGGAAUACCGGGCUCAGGGUGAGGCUGAGACGCGCCGGGCCCUGGAGGAGCUGCGCAGCUACUGCAACAGCCCCGACUUCUCUGCGUGGACCGUUGUCUCCCGCAUCCAGUCCCCAAAGAGGUUUGCGGACUUUGUGGGCGGUGCCUCCCACCUAACCCCCAACGAGGUGUCGGUGCACGAGCAGGAGUACGGCCUGGGCGGCUCCUACCUGGAGGGACAGCUCUUCGAGGAGGAGGAGGAGGCUGAGGACACCCCAGUGCCCCCCUCCCCCCGUGCCUAUCUGUUCCUCAGCUGAGUGGGGGGGCGCCAGCCAUGGGCCCCUCUGGCUCUAAUCCCUGCAGGCCUUGGGGCUGGCCUGUGUGGGGCUGGGAAGGGGGCAGGUCCGCGGGGACUUCUGGAGCAUGUGCUUAGUCUUGAUGUCCCCCGUGCCCCCGGCUUGUGGCCUUAGCGGAGAAGCUGAGACAAUCUGAUGGGCCUCAGGCCCUGUCUUCCCCCCCCCCCCCC